AAUGUCUGCACCUUAUUGGCUGGCCUUGAAAAUAUCCCAAAAUUCUCAGCUCUUCUGCUUCCUUUUUCCUUUCGGCCAUUUUCGUCUUGGACGGAAAUAAGUAACCAUGGCCCCCAGUCGGAAUGGCAUGAUUCUGAACCCUCACUUCCACAAAGACUGGCAGAAGAGGGUCCGCACCUGGUUCAACCAGCCUGCCAGGAAGUCCCGCAGACGAAGGGCCCGUCAGGCUAAGGCUCGGCGGAUUGCUCCUCGCCCCGUGGCUGGACCCCUGCGACCCGCGGUGAGGUGUCCCACGAUACGGUACCACACCAAAGUGCGUGCUGGCCGGGGGUUCACCCUGGAGGAGCUGAAGGCAGCUGGUAUCCACAAGAAGACGGCCCGUACUAUUGGCAUCUCUGUUGACCCCCGCCGUCGCAAUAGAUCAACAGAGUCUCUGCAGGCCAAUGUGCAGCGGCUGAAGGAGUACCGCUCCAAACUCAUCCUGUUCCCCAGGAAGGCCUCUGCCCCCAGGAAAGGAGACAGCACUGCUGAAGAGGUCAAGAUGGCCACACAGCUCACUGGACCUGUUAUGCCAAUCAGAAGUGUGUAUAAGAAAGAGAAGGCCCGGGUGAUCUCCGAGGAUGAGAAGAACUUCAAGGCGUUUGCCAGUCUGCGCAUGGCCCGUGCCAAUGCUCGUCUCUUUGGCAUCCGUGCCAAGAGAGCAAAGGAAGCUGCAGAGCAGGAUGUGGAUAAGAAGAAAUGAGCAGUAGUUUCUAUGGAACUUUCAAUAAAAAGCACCAACAGUUAAAUAAUG